AUGGCAAAGGACCGGACUGAGAAGAAGGAGAAGCGCGAGAAGAAGGAAAAGCGCUCGGAGAAGGACGGAGUUAAGAAGGAGAAGAAGGAGAAGAAGGAGAAGAAGGACAAGACUGCUCUUACCAAUGCUGUUGAGGAAGAGUUGACGUCCAAGGUUCUGGAUGGAAUUGACCAGGCCGAGAAGACCAAUGGCGAUGUCGAGGUCGAGGUUGAGCAGAUGGAAGUCGACGGUGCCCGUCCCGCCGGUGCUCUUGUGCCGUUUGCCAACCCUCUGGUCGAAGACAAGUCGGCCAAGAAGGUCUUGAAGAGUGUUAAGAAGGCCGCUGUCAACAAGUGCCUCAAGCGCGGUGUCAAGGAAGUCGUCAAGGCCCUCCGGAAAUCGCCCAUUCCCGCUCCCAACGAGUCUUCGCCUCUCCCCAACGGUGUUGUCGUGCUUGCUGGAGACAUCUCGCCCAUGGACGUCAUCUCGCACAUUCCCCUCCUUUGCGAAGACCACGGUAUCCCCUACGUUUUUGUCACAUCGCGCGCUGAGCUCGGUAAUUCUGCCGCUACCAAGCGCCCCACGAGUGUGAUCAUGGUUGUGCCCAAGUCGGCCGCCAAGGGCAAGAAGGGCGAGGACGACGAUGGGGAGGAUUUCAGCCAGACAUAUGAAGAGCUGGCUAAGCUUGCGCAAAAAGAAGCCAAGAAGGCGAAUGUCUAA